GCCAACCCAAUGCUCUGGAUCUCUCUGGUCGGCCUGCCCUCGUGCUCUCUUGUCCUCAAGCUUGUAACUUUUAAAUCCCGCCAGCUAUCUGCUAAUGGCUGAUGGGUAGAGUCGAUUAGUAUACUGCUUUCCUUACUCUACUAAGCACUUCUACUGCGCCGGUAACGCGAUCUUCAUCCUCCAACAACAUCAACGCACGUUCACUUCGGCACUGUCGGACUUCAUGGGACAACAUCAACUCCGCCAGAAUGACACAAUGGGACCCUGUCUGAUGAUCGCCCUUUGAGCUUCUCCUCUCUAUUUUCUCCUCUAAGACACCUACGCUACUACGUCUAUACUACCAACUACCAACUACGUUUAUACCAUUACAUCUAUACGUCCGUUCCCCGACCCCUAAGCUCGUCAUCUUUACUGCCCCUUGUCAUGUCCUCCUAACUGAGUGCCCUUUUCUCAUAUGCUGUCGAUAGUCACCGCCAUCAAGCUACUUUACGACCCAAUGACCCGUCCUCGAUCUUCUCUCUCGCUACCGAUCGAAGCCAACUCCGAUGAAACAUGCUGCUUCUAUACCAGGUCGGAAGUGUCAAGAUCGGUGAAGUUGUCCGUUAUACACUGACUUAUACUCCCUCGCACGACCGAAUCCUCCCGCCGCCUGAGUUUCUACAGCUCCGCAUCCGCAACACCUCUCCCAUCCCUCUACGAGCCGCCUUCGUACACGGACCCUAUACCCUGAGCGUAUGUGCAUACCCGGCCCAUUACGACCCGAACGUCAAGUUCGAGAAUCCCCGGCGUUAUGGCGUCCCUGAAUUCGAGCCUAUGCUUAAAGCCGGGGGUACGUGGACCUGCCAGUUGAUCGUGCCGGACGACAUCCGCGAGAGCGCUGGCACGGCGGCCGCGAGAGGGGACGUCGGACGCAACGCCGUGAGCGAAGAGCCCCUCAAGACCGCGAGCUGGGUCGUGGAGAUCGCCAGCCAAGUCAUUUUCUCUGCGAGUGCUGCCGUCGGCUAUGAGGUUUUGCUUGCACGCGACGAGAAGAGUCUGAGCCUAGGCAGUGUGCCGGUGAUAGGCGGCCAGGCUCAAGCACCCCAGCCGGGGAAAGUAGGCGAUUUUCAGCACGGCUCUGACUCGAAAGAUGGUCACCAUCCCUCACAGUCGAAGGGUAUAUUUUCCCGGGCCAUUACGUUGAAAGUUGAGGAUACGGCGAGCCUCUGGAAUGCGCCGCCACUACCUGGCUGGGACGGCCGCGAUCAUGGCAGAUCCAGCCAUCUGCCGAGUAAAGACAAGACACUUGACGGCACUGCAGAGCCAAGUGCACACAAAGAGAAUAUCACCGGGCGGCCCCCCAAAAGGAUUCACUUGGUCAUCCUGACGCACGGCCUGCACAGUAAUCUUGGAGGUGAUAUGCUAUACAUUAAAGAGAGCAUUGACGCGGCCGCGAAGCAGGCAAAGAUUGACGCGAAGGCGAGGAAAGCAAGAGAGAAGGCUCGCGAGAGCGCGGAACAAGAAGACAACCAGUCGGAAGAACAUGAGGGAAAGAGGCUAUCCACAGAGGAGGCCAACUCCCACAGUGAUGAGGAUGAAGAAGAGGAAGUUAUAGUGCGAGGCUUCUCGGGGAAUGCCACCCGAACAGAGAGAGGUAUCAAGUUCCUGGGCAAGCGUCUGGCCCGCUGGAUACUAUCCAUCACGUACCCAGACCAGCCUUUUCUCCCCUCCAUGAAAAAGGCGGCGACUGAGAGUGUAGUCAGUGCUUUUAAAGGCAGCAGCGGAGAUGUCGAUGCCAACGGGAAGCCGGCCCAUAAACACAGCACCAUACAUUUGGGCCAAAACCACGAAACCAACCCGAAGUUCCGAAUCACUAGCAUCAGUUUCGUCGGGCACUCUCUCGGAGGCCUAGUUCAAGUGUAUGCGAUUGCAUACAUCCAGAAGCACUCGCCCCGCUUCUUUGACCUGAUCCGGCCGGUCAACUUCAUCACGCUUGCUUCGCCGCUACUCGGUCUCAGUAAUGAGAACCCCUUAUAUGUCAAAUUUGCCCUAGACUUUGGUCUCGUUGGGAGGACUGGUCAAGACCUAGGCCUUACUUGGCGGGCGCCGACUAUUGCUAGAAGUGGUUGGGGUGCAAUAGUUGGAACUCUCGGCGAGAGUGCUCACAAGAAGGUCAUGGGCGAAGUGCAGCCAGAAUCAAAACCCCUUCUGCGCAUCCUUCCAACCGGGCCAGCACAUACCGCCCUGAAGAAAUUUCGCAACCGAACAAUAUACUCGAAUGUGGUCAACGACGGGAUUGUGCCACUGCGGACGAGUUGCUUGUUGUUUCUGGACUGGCAGGGACUCGGUCGUGUGGAGAAGGCUCGGCGAGAAGCCGGCCUCAUGGAAACCGUGGUUGGGUUCGGGUGGGCAGAAUUGACUGGUGCUAAUGCGACGUCCCGGAGAAGUCCUUGGUCGCCGACAGUUGAGGAGACGCCAUCUCGGUCACAAUCUAGCGCCAAGCCGGAAGAGGAUGUACACGGCGACUCCCACGAGGUCCCCCAGCCGUCGAGCGACGCGACAACCGAGGAUGACAGGCGCAGUCUAAGCCUAGCGACCCCCCAUCUAGAGAUGGGCCCGAACAGCCAAAACUCCCAGACUAACAAUGACUACGCCUUCUCUGGAUUUUUCAACUUCUUCAAGUCCAACGAGUCGUCUAGGAAGACCCCGCCCCAGUCUCCUCGGGAGAGCAAAAUCUACCAGCGCAGCCAGACGUUGAAGAUAGAGACAGGCACAGAUUCCGCCUCUUCUAGCAAGUCAAGAGUAUCUUCCGGUCACGAGCUCAGCGAGGACCAGACACAGCCAGUUUCUGCUCCUCCUAGAACGACAUUCUUCGAGUCUGCGGGAGACCUUCUAAACCCUACGUUACCAACAGUCGAAUACCUUCUCGAUCCCUCAAAGCGCCCGCGCACGAUAUUCCAUGAUCGAGUCUACCACCCACCCGAUAUCCCUCCCCCGCCACUCAAGAAACGCCCGACUAGAUCGCUCAUGGUACGAAAUAAAGCAACCGCAUCUAGUAAUCCAUCAUCCCCCAGGGAAGAGGCCAGCAAACCUAACUCCCCGAAUCUGGGGUUCGUCCACGAGGAUUCGAGUCUCUCAACUCGGGACUACGACGACUAUACGCAUACAGAUCCCGAUAGGGAAAGCGACGAGGUUAUCGAUAGCUCGAGUAUGAAGGUCGAGGAGAAAAUCGCACGGGCUUACCACCGCGGCUUGAGCUGGCGAAAGGUAUUGGUCAAAUUAGAGCCCGACGCCCACAACAAUAUCAUCGUACGACGCAAAUUCUCAAACGCUUUUGGGUGGCCGGUGGUUAAACACCUCGUCGAUGCCCACUUCAGCGAUAGCGCAGCUGCUCGCACGCGAGACACCUUCGAGCAGAAUGGAGAGAAUGCCAAGUCGAUGUAUGAUCCUCCCGACGAAACCGGCGCGGAAACUCACACUCAAGGAGAUGCCCGGACAAAGGGGGGUGCUCACAAGCAUACCGCUAGUGAGGCUUUUGAGGCCAUAGACUCGGUGUCAGAUCUGCCAUCGCGGGCCCAGGAGAAGCAAUCGGCCCCCCAUAGCUCAGGCGACCCUGCGUCUCGGCCGUCGUACGAUAGGAGCGACUCCGCGGGCUGGAGCGACCAAGACUUCGCCGAUAGUGGAGAUGACAGCGAGAUAGACAUGGACAUGGCGUACGGUAGGAAUCAAAAGGGUAGUCAAGGCAACGAUUCGCCGAGAUCUUCCAGUCCAGGUUGGAAUUGGACGGAGAAAAUCGUAGGCAAAGGUGCCGGGAAAAAGGUGAAGAGUCCCAAGAGUCCCACGGGUCCUCUGAGCCCGCGGCUGGGGGGCACCAACGGGAGCGGUAGUGAGCAUACGUAAUAGGCUAAGGACAUAGGGUUAGAUAGAACCUAUGCGGUAGCUAUACCGCAAGCUAGAGAUUUAGACACCGGGUUGGCUCGAGCAAUAAUUUUGAUAGAAGGGGGUAAUUGGAUAUUCAAUUAGGGGCACGGCGAGCAUUUCUCUUUUUUAUUUUUCCGUUGCCUUUUCCUUCCUUCCUCUUUCCUCUACUCGCCUUUCUCGAGUCCAGGUAGAGCAACCUGUGGGGGCCGGCGAGGACGGACGUAUACAUCGGAUGGACAAGACGGUAUAACACACACGCAUACAUGUAUAUACCCUUAGCUUACCGCGCGAUAGACAUGAGUGGGUAUACCCUACUGUCACUUGGACUACCAGAGCGGCACAUACGUAGAGAUGUGUCUUUUAAGCGCGGCGUUGUUUCAAUGCCAGGAGCACCUGAAUUACGAUGCUUG